UUGGGGCGCGUGGCUCUUCUCACUCUCACGGCAGGACGACCCAAGAGCAUCGAAACAAGACAAGAUGACUCACCAUUGCACCAAGUUCUCCGGCCACUGGAAGAUCAUCGUCUACGAUGAGGAGUGCUUCCAGGGCCGCCGCCACGAGUUCACCUCUGAGUGCUGCAACGUCAUGGAGUUCGGAUUUGAGACCGUGCGCUCCCUGAGGGUGGAGAGUGGCGCCUGGGUGGGUUAUGAGCACGCCUCCUACCAGGGCCAGCAGUUUAUCCUGGAGAGGGGAGAGUACCCUCAGUGUGAUGCCUUCGGAGGCAGCAACGCCUAUCAUAUCGAGAGGAUGACUUCAUUCAGACCUAUCGCCUGCUCUAACCACAGAGAGUGUCGUAUGACCAUCUUCGAACGGGAGAACUUCAUGGGCCGCAAGGGUGAGCUCAGCGACGACUACCCCUCCCUCCAGGCCAUGGGCUGGUGCAACAAUGAGGUCGGCUCUCUCAGGGUCCAGUCUGGAGCAUUUGUGUGCUACCAGUACCCUGGCUACCGUGGCUACCAGUAUAUCAUGGAGUGUGACCGUCACUGUGGGGAGUACAAACACUUCAGGGAGUUUGGCUCCCACUGCCAGACUCCCCAGAUCCAGUCCAUCCGCCGUAUUCAGCAGUAACCGGUCGCAUCGAACCCAAUCUCCUACGUGACCCUUCACCCCUGACCCCUCCCCGCCCCCUCCUCGCUGCUGAAUAAACUGUUUUUCUUAAACCUUACUGACUUCCACCGAUGUACCUACUUAUCUGAGGCACACGUUCCCUCACUUAAAAUCCUUGUGAACUGCAUCGCUUUUCUUGACGAGUCACAGAACAGUGUACAGAGACAACUUGGCAAAUAAAGACUGAAUCUGAAACAAA